GGGCCUCGCCAGCCCCAGCCCCCGCCCGCAGACCGGCGACGCGCGGAAAAUUACAGAGGUGUAUUCCAGAGUUGACUGUUCAUGGCACAUACAAAUGGAGGGUACUCACUGGCACUUAUUUUUAUCAUUGUGUUGUUGGUGGUUAAAGCAAAUAUAGAUGUAUGCAAGAGAGGAGAUGUGACUGUGAAGCCUUCCCGUGUAAUUUCACUUGGAUCAGCUGUCAAUAUUUCAUGCUCUUUAAAGCCUGAACAAGGCUGCUCACAAUAUCCCAGUGUUAACAGGUUAAUCCUCUACAAGUUUGACAGACAAAUCCAUUUUCUGCAUGGUCACUUCCUCAGUUCUCAAGUCACUGGUCUUCCUCUGGGUACAACCCUAUUUCUCUGCAAACUGGCAUGUAGCAAAAACAAGGAGUUUCGAAUUUGUGGGGCAGAGAUUUCCGUUGGUGUUGUUCCGGAGCAACCUCAAAACUUAUCUUGUAUACAGAAGGGAGAACAUGGGACUGUAAACUGCAUCUGGGACAGAGGACGAGACACCCACCUGUAUACUGCAUAUACUUUACAGUUAAAUGGACCAAAAAAUUUCACUUGGCAGAGGCAAUGUAAUGAUCAUUAUUGUGACCAUUUGGACCUUGGAAUUAACCUAACCCCUGAAUUUUCUGAAUCCAGUUACACAGUCAGGGUUACUGCUAUCAAUAGUCUUGGAAAUGCUUCUUCAGUUCCAUCCACAUUUACAUUCUUGGACAUAGUGAAGCCUCUUCCUCCAUGGGACAUCAGAAUCAAAUGUGUAAAUGCUUCUGUGAGCAGAUGUAUCCUUCAGUGGAGAGAUGAAGGACUGGUGUUGCUUAAUCGACUCAGAUACCGGCCCAAGAGCAGCAGGUCCUGGAUGAUGGUCAGUCCUACAAAUGCCAAAGGAAGACAGGAUCUUCUGGAUCUGAAACCAUUUACAGAGUAUGAAUUUCAGAUUUCCUCUAAGCUACAUGUAUCUAAAGGUAGCUGGAGUGAUUGGAGUGAACCAUUCAGGACCCAAACACCAGACGAAGAGCCUACUGGGACAUUAGAUGUCUGGUACAUGAAACAGCCCAUUGACUAUGAUAGACAACAAAUUUCUCUUUUCUGGAAGAAUAUGAGUGUAUCUGAGGCAAGAGGAAAAAUCCUCCACUAUCAAGUGACCUUGCAGGAGGUGGCAGGGGGGAAAGUCACAAUACAGAAUAUCACAGAGCAUACCUCCUGGACCUGGAUCAUUCCCAGAACUGGGAACUGGGCUGCAACUGUGUCUGCAGCCAACUCAAAAGGCAGUUCCCUGCCAACUCAUAUUAACAUAACGGACCUGUGUGAGGCAGAGUUGUUGGCUCCUCGUCAGGUCUCUGCAAACUCAGAGGGUAUGGACAACAUGAUGGUGACCUGGGAGCCCCCUGGGAAAGCUGCCCCUGCUGUACAGGAGUAUGUGGUGGAAUGGAGGGAGCCCCAUUCCGGGAGUGGCACACAGCCCUCUCUAAACUGGCUGCGGAGUCCCCCCUACAGUGUGUCUGCUCUGAUUUCAGAGAACAUAAAACCCUACAGCUGUUAUGAAAUCUGUGUGUAUGCACUGUCAGGGGACCAGAGAGGAUGCAGCUCCAUCCGGAGUAACUCAAAGCACAAAGCACCACUGAGUGGCCCCCACAUUAAUGCCAUCUCAGAAGAAAAGGGAAACAUUGUAAUUUCAUGGAACGAAAUUCCAACCCAGGAGCAAAUGGGCUGCAUCCUCCAUUAUAGGAUAUACUGGAAGGAACAGGACUCCAAUUCCCAGCCUCAGCUUUGUGAAAUUCCCUAUAGGGUAUCCCCGAAUUCACAUUCAAUAGACAGCCUGCAGCCUGGAGUAACAUAUGUCCUGUGGAUAACAGCUCUGACAGCUGCUGGUGAAAGCCCCCCAGGAAACAAGAGGGAGUUUUGUCUGCAAGGUAAAGCCAAUUGGAGUGCGUUUGUGGCACCAAGCAUUUGCGUUGCUGUUGUCAUAGUGGGCAUUUUCUCAACGCGUUACUUCCGGCAAAAGGUAUUUGUUCUCCUUUCAGCUCUCAGACCUCAGUGGUGUAGUAAAGAAAUUCCAGAUCCAGCGAAUAGCACGUGGGCCAAGAAAUACCCCACUGUGGAGAAGAUGCAGCUCCCCUUGGAUAGGCUGCUGACAGACUUGUCUACUCCUGAAGAACCUGAGCCGCUGGUUAUCAAUGAAGUCCUUCAAGUGACCCCAGUCUUCAGACAUCCUCAUCACCCCAACUGGCCAGACAGGGGACGAGGGGUCCAAGGUCACUAUACCUCUGAGGAAGACACCCGAUACAGUGCCUCAAGCCUACCACCUCCCAAAGCUCUCAUAGUAGAGACAGGACAACUCGUGGAUCUAUACAAGAUGCUGGGGAGCAGGGGCCCGGACUCAAAGCCAGGACACCUAGCCGGCCCCGUGACAGUUUUCCCAAUGGACUACCUUCCCACCCAUGAGGGAUACUUACCCUCCAAUGUAGAGUAUCUUCCUUCACACGAAGCUCCUGUAACUGAUCCUCUGGAAGAACUAAAGCCUCAGCAAAUCUCUCUUUCCAUUUUCCCCUCAAGUUCUCUUCACCCACUCACCUUCUGUGAUAAGAAGCUGACUCUGGAUCGGUUAAAGAUGGGGUGCAGCUCCCUCAUGCUGUGAGUAGGGAAGCUUGGAAAGCCCUUGUGCCCAACCCCCAAUGUGUCCCUCAUCCCCAGCCCACUGCCCCAGCAGUCAUCCCCUCUGGGGUUUUGCUAUCAAGUCUGUUUCCAAAUAAAGGGCAAACAAAAAGCUCAGGGUGAAUCUUGGGAACUGAGAAAUGGCUGUAACCCAGAUGCCUGUCUUGCCUUCUCAAGUUAACCCUUGAACAAUGUCAAGGUUAGGGGCACAGGCUUAAAUCUGCAUAAUUUCUGACUCCCCAGAAAGUUAGCCAUUGUUGGCUUAUUAACCACUCUUAUUGGUAACAUAACCACUUAUUUUGUAUAUGUAUUAUAUAAAGCUAGAGAAAAAUGUUAAGAAAAUCAUUAAGAAAAAAUAGAUUUAUAGUAUUUAUUGAAGAAAAUCCACCUAAGUAGACCCACACAGUUCAACCCUGUGUUAUCCAAGGGUCAGUGGUAUAUCGUGUGUACCUAAAGACUCCAAUGUAGGUUCCCACACCUUUCUUCACCAGGUUGACCAGUAAAGGGAAAGAAUAGAAUGGAAAUCAAGUCUCUUACUAGCAAUGGCUAACAGUCCAAGCUUUAUAAAGCUGCUGCUCCAUACCAGGUCAUACACCUAGAUCAGUAGCAUCCAACAGGCCUAAGACAGGAAUGUUCUCUAAAUCUUUACUGUUCAGUGCAGGUGAUAUGAACCACGUUUGCUGUUGACCACUUUGGAAUGUGUCUAGUAUGACUGAGAACUGAAUUCUGAUUGUAAUUAGUCACAUAUGGCUAGUGGCUACUAUCUUGGAAGGCAGAAGUCAAAAUGACAGAUACACUAAAGUAUUACAGGGAGUCUUCAAAACAGAUCAACCCAGUUUUAUAGGGGAGGACAUAAAAGAUUGUGGUAAACAUCAGUAUUAAAAGGGCUUCCAAGAUGGUCAUGACUGUUCUUAUUUGUGAAAGACUAUACAAAUAUACCUUUUGUCCUGUUGUUUUAUUUUCUUUACCCUCUUUCAGUGAAUGAAGAACAGCUUAAUGGUGGAAAGUUACUGUAAACUCACUAUAUGACCUUAGGCAAACAGCUUCCCCUCUCU